AUGUCGUCGGCUGACACGGUCACUUUCACGGCACCCUUGUCCCAGGGAUUCGGAUAUGGUAUUAUCCUGGGGCUUGGGUUUGCCUUUGCGCUGCUAAUGAUCUUCAUCACUUGGGCAUUGAAACGAUACCAAAAUGAAGUUCAAACCUCCGAAAUGUUCUCAACAGCCGGCCGCUCAGUAAAGUCCGGUCUAGUCGCCGCCGCAGUCGUCAGUAGUUGGACAUGGGCCGCUACACUCCUCCAAUCCUCCGCAGUCGCAUACAAGUACGGUGUCUCGGGACCAUUUUUCUAUGCAUCAGGCGCAACAGUUCAAAUCCUCCUUUUCGCAACAAUAGCCAUCGAAUUAAAGCGACGAGCCCCGAACGCACAUACAUUCCUCGAAGUUAUCCGCGCGCGCUACGGUACAAUGGUGCAUGUGGUCUUUAUUGUCUUCUGUCUCAUGACGAACAUUCUUGUCACUGCUAUGCUGCUUACUGGAGGAUCGGCGGUCAUGACAUCUCUAACUGGGGUAUCGACUCCGGCAGCUUGUUUCCUGCUUCCCAUUGGUGUUGUGCUUUAUACUUUGUUCGGUGGUAUUAAAGCCACUUUUAUCACGGAUUAUCUACACACUGUGGUUAUUUUGGUUGUUAUCUUUCUGUUCGCGUUCUCAGCUUAUGCUACUAAUGCUGAGUUGGGAUCGCCGGCUAGAGUUUAUGAUGCAUUGGUUGAGGCUGCGAAGAAGCAUCCUGUUGAGGGUAAUGCUGAGGGCAGUUACUUGACUAUGAGAUCUAAGGAGGGUGGAAUAUUCUGGAUUAUCAACCUGAUUGGUAACUUUGGAACUGUCUUCCUUGAUAACGGCUACUACAACAAGGCCAUCGCCGCAAGCCCCGUCCACGCCUUCCCCGGAUACGUAAUUGGUGGUCUCUGCUGGUUCGCCAUCCCCUGGCUCUGCGCCAGUACCCUCGGGAUCUCAGCCUUAGCCCUCGAAGGCUCCCAGCGCCUAAGCAGCGACGACGUAACAGCCGGUCUGGUUCUGCCAUUCGCAGCAGUCAAGCUCCUCGGUUACAGCGGUGCCGUCGCAACAACUCUUAUGAUCUUCAUGGCUGUGACAUCCGCCUUCUCCGCACAAUUGAUUGCCGUCUCUUCGAUUUUCACCUACGAUAUCUACCAAGCAUACAUCGACCCCAAAGCCAAGGGCAAGAGACUAGUCUGGAUCUCACACAUGUCCUGUAUUGUCUACUCCAUUAUCAUGGCCAGUUUUGCGACAGGCCUUUACUACGCCGGCGUCGGUAUGGGAUACCUAUACUUGCUCAUGGGCGUUAUCAUUUCCUCCGCGGUCUUCCCCGGCGCCAUGACUUUGCUAUGGAAGGGCCAGAACAGCAUUGCAGCUGCUGUUUCUCCACCUCUCGGUCUUGCUAUCUCAUUGAUCGCUUGGCUCGUGACUACAAGCAAGCAGUAUAAUGGUGUUUUGAACGUAACUACCACUGGAGAGAACUACCCAAUGUUAGCAGGCAAUGUCGCCGCGCUUCUAAGCCCAGUUAUAAUCUCUCCUGUCCUCACAUUACUCUUCGGCAGCCAGAACUACGACUACGAAUCCAUGCGCCAAAUCCGCAAAGUCGACGACACAGAAGUAGCCACAGAAGCACACAUCGACAUCGAGCUCGUCCCAGGCGAAACAACACCCGACGAAAGCCAAAGCGAAGAAGAAACCCGCAAACUCAACAAAGCAGCCCUGUACUCACGUACAUUAACUGUGUUCAUGGCCUUUGCCUUGCUAAUCCUCUGGCCUAUCCCAAUGUACGGUAGCUCGUACGUAUUCAGCAAAAAGUUCUUCACUGGCUGGGUUGUCGUUGGAAUUCUAUGGCUCUUCUGUACGCUAUUUGGUGUUGUUGUUUUCCCGCUUUAUGAGGGCCGAGAAAGCAUUACUCGAGUCGUGAAGAUGAUGGCGUAUGAUGUGAUGGGUACUCGGCCUGCUGUUUAUCGUGGACGGAAAGUGGAUGGGAUGCAGUCUUCUGGUGCUGUUACGCCAACAGGGAGAAUCGCCGAGAAAGAUGAGAAGGUUGUAGAGUCUUCUGUUGAAUGA